GGAGCCCCCCCCUCCCACCUCUCUCCUGCCAUUGGUCAGGGCAGCGCUUGAUGUGCCUCCAUUGGCUAUCUCAGCUGCUCAUCAGGCCCAUUGGGUAUUUAAGAGAGGCGAGGCCAACUCCCUAUUAGUGCUGUUGGAACAGUUGGAGCUGAGGCAGCAGCUGCAGUUGACUUCACUAUGGCAUCAAAGCAGAUCCCAAAAAGAGACCGGGAGGCUGAGGAACAGCAGCAAGAGAGUGCUGUCAACAGGAUAACCAACCUGCCCUUGCUGAACUCCGCAUUCAACCUGGUCUCAUCUGCCUACAGUUCUACCAAGGAAGCACAUCCUUGCCUCAGUAGUGUCUGCAAUGUGGCUGAGACUGUGGCUGCAGUUGCAGUAGGCAGCGUGGUUGGUGGAGCACAGCCCAUACUGAACCAACUGGACUCACAAAUUGCAUUUGUAAAUGAACAUGCCUGUAAAAGACUGGAUCAACUGGAGGAGAACUUGCCUUUUCUUCAACAGCCAGCAGACAAGGUAUUCUCAGACACCAAGCAGCUGGUUUCCACCAAAGUGUCAUCUGCUAUGGAUGCUGCCUGUGAGGCAAAAGAAGCAAUGGCUGAUAAAGUGACUGAAGCUAUGGAUCUCACUAAAAAUGCUGUUGGGGAUGGUGUUAAGCUGACCACGUCAAUGGUCACUUCCAGUGUUAACAACGCUGUGGAGGCUGCUCAGGGUGCAAAGGACCUUGUAACUAAUAAAGUGACUGAAGCUGUAGACCUCACUAAGCACCUUGUGGAGGACAGCAUUGGAAUGACCAAGUCUGCAGUUGCCAAUACUAUUGUCAAUGCUGUGGAGGCUGCCCAGGGUGCCAGGGACCUUGUCACUAAUAAGGUGACUGAAGCAGUACACCUCACCAAACACGCUGUGGAGGACAGCAUGGGACUGACCAAGUCUGCGGUUACUUCCACCAUUGUCAGUGCGGUGGAGGCUGCCCAGGGUACCAAAGACCUUGUGAGUAAUAAGGUGACAGAGGCCGUGGAUCUCAGUAAGCACAUUGUGGAGGACAGCGUGGGACUGACCAAGUCUGCAGUAGCAAAUACUAUUGUCAGUGCUGUAGAGGUUGCCCAGGGUGCCAAGGACCUUGUGACUAACAAGGUGAUAGAGGCAGUGGAUCUAACAAAAGUGGCUGUUCAGGAUGGUGUUGAGAAGACCAAAUCAGUGGUCACUUCAACAGUCAGUACAGCUCUGGAUGCUGCAUACAGCACCAUAGCUAGCAAAAUAAAUACAGCCCUUGAGCAAAGCAGAGAGGCCAUUCAGGAGAGUGUGGAGAUAACUAAUUCAGUGGUGACCAACAGCGUGAGCAAAGCCAAGGCAGUGGGACAAGCAGUGGCAGGUGGCGUCGAAUCUGUCCUGGGUAUAUCAGAAGAUCUGGUGGAUCACUACCUCCCCAUGACUGAAGAGGAACUAGGUGAACUUGCCACUGCUGUUGAGGGAUUUGGUAUGGCUUCUGUGGAGGAGCAGAAACAGCAGCAGAGUUACUUCGUUCGACUGGGUUCCCUCUCUAACAAAGUCCGCCAUCGAGCUUACCAGCUCUCCCUGAACAAGCUGCAGCAUGUUAAACAAAGCACUCAGAACACACUCUCACAACUACAUCUGGCAAUAAAUCUGAUUGAAUCUGUGAAAAAGGAUGUUGGCCAGAAGCUUCUGGAUGGGCAAGAGAAACUGCAUCAGCUGUGGGUGAGCUGGUGUCUGACCCAACCCAAGGGACACCAAGUUAAAACAGCUUCCCAAGCGGAGAUAGAAUCACGGACUCUAGCUAUGCUGCAUAUCAUCACUCAGCAGCUACAACCUAUUUAUGAGAAUCUGAAAGCCAGCAUCCACGGCCUCCCCAGGAACAUCCAAGAAGCUGUGCAUCAGGCAACUCGAAAUAUCAAGAAGCUCCAUACUUCUUUUGCCAGUGCUAAUUCUUUUCAGGAUCUCUCCAGCACAACUCUGACCAAGAGCCAGAACCGUGUGGCUGAAGCCCAAAGGUCUCUGGAUGUCCUGUUUGAGUAUGUAACUCAGAACACCCCUCUAAACUGGCUUGUGGGCCCCUUCAAGGCAAUAGCUAAAGUAUCACAGGAUAGCAGAAACGGGAAAAAAGAUAAGAGUAAUAUAAAAUCAUUUGCCUUAGAAAAGGCUGCUUCAUCAAAGAAGGUGACUGAAGAACCAAAAGGAGCAAAAAUGAUUCUGGGGGAAGCAAGUGGAAUGCUAGAGAAGCUAGAAGGGAAGACAGGUGCGGAAGAGGCAUUGGCUGCGAAGGAGAUAAUAACUAAUGCACUGAAGGAAGAUCCCUGAGAAGCUCAGCUCUUUUGACUGAGGCCCCUUGAGUAGAACAUCCCUUCGUCUUUUAAUCACGUGCCCAACUGUCAGUCAUGCUGGGUGUUCCUCCUGCUCUCACACUGUCCCAGGAUGAGUUUACAGCAAGAUGUAGUUUGCAAGGAGACUUGAUGACCAAGGUGGGGUGAUUCCAGAUCUUGAUGUAUUUUUUCUUUGAGCAUGCUAAUCCAAAAAAGGAAGGUAGAGGGCCUGUAUUUUGUCUUUUUUUAAUUAAGUCAGCACAGCUGUAUGUGUAAAUGGCAAUUCUUGCUGAAACAUGCUGUAAGUGAGAAGUCUCAAGUUAUUUUUAACAUUGAAUUAUUUUAAUGACUUCAUCCAAGCUGCAGAGAUCUAAAAUAAGAAUACACACUUGAACUUUGAUAGUGUUUUCCUCCUGAAGUUUUAAAACUAUGUGUUACAGACACUACUUCCUUUCUGACUUCAGCUUCCUGAGAGGCUGAGCCCUGCAGCAGACAAGGAACAGCUGGAAGCAAGAAGCUGCUUCUCAGAAGAAACUUCUUUAUCAGCCAAAUGCUUGCUCUUUUAUAGAGGGAUUUUCUUGUAAGUGUGUCAGUCUGCAGUGGGACUGUCUUUCCUGAUUAUAAAAAGGACUUCACGGAUUAUCUGUUUGUGUGUGAAUUAACUUCAUGAGUGAAAUAUUUUGUGGCUUUUGCCAGGAGUUAUUCUGCUGUGUUUAUAGGAGUAUGCUGCAAACAAAAUAGGGAGAUAGGUACUGUUCACUUGUUCCAAGCAAACAAUGCUUUAUAGCUGUUCCUGAUGUCACUUAUCCUGUCCUGGUAUGGCACCACUGCUAGGGGUGGGGUAAUGGCAAAGGCUUCAAAAUAAAGCUUGUGUUCUUUUCUUUAGCUGGAGCCGGUAGGAAGCUCAUGUUGGACAAAUCACUCAUGACAGCACACGAUGUUGUGGCUCAUCCUCUGUCGGGCGAGCACAGCGGGUCGGGUGGCAGAGAGCUGCCCGACGGCGGGGCUGCUGAGCGCCGGGCUUACUGCCCCGGGUCCACGAGUACCGCUCCCUUCCUCGCUCCCCUGGGCCCGCUCCGCCCCAGCCCUACGGCCUGGGCCCGCUCCGCCCCAGCCCUGCGGCCGAGCGCCGCUCCGCCCCGCUGUGCCGAGUUCCUCCGCUUCCUCGUGUGCCAGGAGGGCCCCAUCGGGCAGCAGCGACCCCGGGCCCGAGGCAGUGCACAGCGUCCCACUAAAGGCCCCAGGCCCGGCCCCGGAGAGCGCCGCUCGGCGCGGCCGGGCCGUGCGGGAAGGGGGAGCGUGGCGGCCUGGGGGCAGGACCGAGGGCCCCGGGGCGGCCGGAGCGGGAGCGGCGCAGGUUCGUCUGCUCCAUUCUGCAGGGCAGAGAUGUCUCACUUCUGAGACGAGUCCCUGAGCUGCAAAAAGGUAUUGCUUGCAUGGUACAGGAAGUACAACCAGGACAUCGCAGAGCGCUGCAGGGAAAUAAACCUUGAACCCGAAUACUGUAAUAUGCUUUUUCCGUUCAUGCUGCUCCAGUCCGUCAUCUUGGCCACCAGCUGA